AUGGCCUUCUGGAGCUCAUCCCCCCGUCUCCCACUCCUCCUUGGCCUCCUGUCUCUCCUCCUUCUCCACCCUAUCACCACCACCACCUCUUCCGCCAAUGGCCUCCGCAUCAUCAAGACCGUCGUCCGCCGCCCCUCCUCCUCACCCCCACACAUCCCCCCCUUCCGCGAAGCUCCCGCCUUCCGCAACGGCGACGCCUGCCCGUCCAACGACGCCGACCGCAUCCACAUCACCAUGACCCUCGACGCGAACUACCUCCGAGGCACCGUUGCAGCCGUGCUUUCCAUCCUUCAGCACUCCACAUGCCCGGAAAACAUCUCAUUCCAUUUCAUUUCUUCCGAGUUUCUGCCGGAGAUCCUGUCCAGCCUCAAGUCCACGUUCCCUUACCUCAACUUCAACGUCUACCCCUUCGACUCGAACCGGGUGCGGAAGAAGAUCUCCCGGUCCAUUCGACUAGCUCUGGAUCAACCCUUGAACUACGCCAGAAUUUAUCUAGCAGACGUUAUCCCGGCGGAGGUGGGAAGGGUUAUAUAUUUGGAUUCGGACCUCGUUGUGGUGGACGACAUACGGAAGCUGUGGGAUGUGGAAUUGGGAGACAAGGUGGUGGCUGCGCCGGAAUACUGCCAAGCAAAUUUCACCAACUACUUCACGGGAGCGUUUUGGGCAGACCCGAAAUUGACGAGAACGUUGGAAGGGCGGAAGCCGUGUUAUUUCAACACGGGAGUGAUGGUGAUGGAUGUGUAUAAAUGGAGGAGAGAAGGGUAUACACAGAAGGUGGAGGAGUGGAUGGAAGUGCAGAAGCACAAGAGGAUAUAUCACUUGGGGUCAUUGCCACCAUUCUUGCUGGUUUUGGGUGGGAACAUUAAGGCAGUGGAUCACAGAUGGAACCAGCACGGGUUGGGCGGUGACAACUUUGAAGGGAAGUGUAGGAGCCUUCAUCCAGGGCCCAUAAGCCUUCUCCAUUGGAGUGGGAAGGGGAAGCCAUGGUUGAGGUUAGAGUCUAGGAAGCCAUGUGCCGUCGAUCAUUUAUGGGCGCCCUACGAUCUCUACCGUUCGUCCAGAGUGACAUUGGAAGAAUGA